ACUACAAUCUAAAGAAAAAAGUUCGCACCUGUCCCGUAAUGUGUCCACCUGUGAUUGUUAAGGACCAAAGAAUUUGGCAGGAUACAUAUUUGAUCUCGUUUCCCGGCUCUUCUAAAUGUCACUCGAAUUAUCGCACCCACCUAAUUUGUCAUGGAAGCGGGCUAGAUUUGUCACUCGCCCAUGCAAAUUGGACACAUUUUGUAAGGUGCUUUUCCGAAAGGCGCAGAUUUGAUUAGGAGUCACUUUGAGUCACGUGAACGUAAGGUAUUCAGGCGCCUGCAACUUGCAUGGUAAAUUUCGUUCGACCUGGACUCGGUAUGGUUUCAGAACAGACGAGCGAAAUGGCGAAAAGCAGAGAGGACUAAACAAGAAAGAGGACCAUCGUCAACGUCAAGCCCAGAAAACGAAGACAGAUUAUCGUCGAGUGAGGGCGCUGUUGGACAAUCAAGAGAGGAACUAAACAUGAGCCCUGGGGUACCCUCUGAAGAAACACGAAGAGAUAAAAUGACAGUUGAUGGAGAGAAGUCAGAUUCACAAAACGAUGAUGGACCCCCGUUGCACAGCUUGGAUAGAGCGCCAUCGAGUGGUCGUUUGAUGCCUCCUACUUUUGCAAACCCAUCCGCAAGCACAAUGUUGAACCCGUUUUAUCAUCCGGGAGGUGCUGCUCGCUUGCUACUUGCUUCACAACCAUACGAAGGCCUGAGAGGACACGGCUCUUCGGCACGGUUCCCGUCUCUUAUCUCGCCCUCAUACGCCUCGCAACUCAUGUCAUUCGCCUCAGCCAGAAAAGAGCCGGUGCCCACAUCAGGAGGAAGCUACGGAGGAUUCAACGUUCCCUCUCUCAGAGGCCCCCUCGACUCAUCAUCAGCCAUCUUGAGAGAGCACGAAAAACGCACACUCAGUCUAGCUGCUCUGCGCAUGCGCGCCAAGGAGUACUCCAACGCCAUGGCGGAAGCUGCUGGUCUGAUGACGUCAUACAAGAUGGCGCCGCCCCAUCCUGCCAUUCUCUUGGGCGCCAACGCAGCCUCGAGACCGACUUCGUCGCAUGUUCCGUGUUCGUUCGGAUGUUAACGUGUCAUUGAAACCUCAUGUUCAUCACCAUAAAGGGCUUGGCACAAGCGUGUGCGAGUACCAGUCGAUCAAGAUGGUCUACAACUCAUACUAGGAACAGAAGAGAAUGACAAUGAUGUCGACUUAUUGCAGAAGCAGAAGCUUAAACCACAUGAAUCUAAAGAGGUAGUCCAAUAACUCGGUGAUUCAACCGUACUCCGCCAAAGACUGUUAUUUCCUGGGCCCUGCUCGACCCCUAAAAAUCGCGUAGCAAUCACAAAGGCGGUUUGAUGUAAAAAGGAGUUAUCACAUUAACGGGAUUAAGAAGUGACAUGGCGGUACUACAGUCGGUUUGGGGGUAAAGAAUGGAUGUGGGUAGCGGUACUGCCGCGUCUUUCCGCGGUAGCGUCGGUAAGACCGUUACGUCCCGUGGUAAAACCGCGUCGAUCCACGUUUCAUGGCGUUUUGAAAUUGGCCUUAAACCCUGAAGCUUAUUCAGCUAUCUAUGCUCCUUUACCACUGCAUUCCACAUUGACUGCAUUGGAAUGCUAUGUCCAUCUAUCUGACGUGGUAGGCCAAAUGGUCAUUAGACGAAUCGAGAGAAAAGGUGGAGAAAUUGCCGAUUAGACUUUCUGGUUACUUUGGUUACUAAAUCGAUUUUGUCUCAUCGCCAUUUGUUUUUUAUCAUUCAUAACCCUGUCUAAUUAUCCCCACUUAUUUCUUUAAAUAGCGAUCAAUUAUUGGUCUAACGGAAAUUUGGUCUACCCUGUUUUCCAUAUUUUUUUAAUUGAUGAUGUGGGCCAUUAUUCAAGGAAGCUUAACGACGUGACGAGGUGACGAGAAGGCAAGAGAGGUUAUUUUGUCAAAUCGGCCCGAAUCAGUUGUAUACCAACUUGGCGUGAUCAGGUGAUACUUAGCUUAAAGGUAUUGUUUAACUUUGUGAGCAGCCGAUUUAAAAAAUUAUCAAACCAAGAUGAAACAUGUGUACAAGUGCAUGUAUUAGAACUAAUAAACCCUGAAAACAACCAUUAUUGAGAAUGAAAAGCUAAAACUACAAGGCAAAACCCGAUUUUGUAAAUAGGUGUCUUAUAGACGCCUAAAUAGUACACAUAAGUGUAUGGGAUGAAAUUAAGAUGGUGUUUUCGGUCACUUUAUAUUUCAAUUUUUGAAGCACUAAAUAAUUAUUUUCGAACGCAAUUUUUUCUGGGCUUCAUUUUUGUAACAUAUCACAGACACAGGUGACAAGUGUGACCUUCUAGCUCAGAUUUUUUAAAAGUCAAACCAAUGUUAACCAAUCACUUUAAUUGCCAAGUGGAACUACUAACAAUUAAUUAUAUAGUUGACACGGAAAGAUACGUCCACCACGUAUCUCGACAUGUUGAUAUACAAAUUAUUAUAUAUCGACUUGGUGAGAUAGCGUAUCUUGCCAUGUUGAAAUACUACGUUUUGAAAAAUUGACUUGGCAAGAUGAAAUAUCUCGUCAGGUCAAUGGCAUAUAAAAAGCUUUCGUAAUUAUCCGUUCAUCUAUCGAGAUUUGCCGGAGUUUGUUGAAUCAAACUUAUUAGGUAAUUCAAUAAUGGUUAAUUGGAACUUGCCAUUAACAUUAUUGUCAUUAAAACAAACUGGUUUUGGCAAAAUGUGAUGAACCCAAAUGGCGAAUCAAUUUCUUCAUGUCUAUACCCAUGCAGUCAUAGAUCAAUAACAUUCAGUCUGUAUGAAAACAAAAAAAAUAUUUUACAUUCUUACUUAAAUCUGGAACAGAUGGCAUAUAAAACGUCUCCAUUUUUAUAUCUAUAACUCAUUAAUGAAUAUUUAAUAUUUUUUUAAUAGAGACUGGCAAGUCUCAGGGGAAGAUUCAAGUGCCCCCCUCCUUCCUCCGGCCGAAAAAUGACAUCGUUCCUCCCGUUGAUAUUAAAAGUUACUCCAUUUUGGUAAAUGAUUAAACUACUUUUCUUUUAGGUUUUGGAGGAUCAACACCGUUAUUUAUUAAGGAAUCUUUUUUUCAGGUAGUUUUAAAGAAAUCUCAGUCCCCUUAUUUCAAAAUAUCCUGGAUCCGCCUCCGACACUUCUUGUGAUUAUUUAUUAAAAGUAGGAAAGACUUUGGGUAAUAUUCAACCGAUAAUUGACCUUAUUUUAUAUCAACUUGAUUUCAAAAACUCACUAACUCACUCGCUAAGCUGUAAAAUUUUGAAUGAAUGGCGAGGGCUAAAAUAGCCCACUCCGGGCCCGAUUAUUUAGGUGUUGCCCUUAUCAGCUCUUUCUAUGGCGUGUUCAGUAAACACGAACGUUUUCCCUUAUGUGCCCGAGUUUUUGAAUGAGUGAUCGCAAAAGUAGAACGGCUCUGCUAUAGUCACUAAAAGCAUUUUUAUUGUGUGGUGCGGACUAUUUUACUGCGGGCAUUUUGCUGACCAAAAAAUCUUGAGUUACUGAAACGGCAUUAGAAUUGAAAUGAUUCAACAUUAGUGACGCCUUAUAUUGUAAUUAUGGUAUAUACCUUAUUCGCUGAGCUACUAGUACACACUUAAAAUGUUGGGCAACAUACUGUCCACUGUCUUGGGUAAUGUAUGUUGGUAAAAAUAUAUAUUCUGGGCAAUUAUUAUAGUUUUCAAAGUCAACACUGCUGCUAUAUUGAAUCACGUGAUGCAGGUGAGACCUCCAGAGGCGCUCCACUUGUUAGUUUUUAUUACCCAAUUUGGUCAGAUUUUAACCAAUAGUUGGGUGGAAAGUAUGCUGCCCAGGGUUUGUUAAGAGUUGGGCAUUUUUUUUUGCCCAACUAUUUUAAGAGUGUAUAUUGAAGCAGUAUAUUCACGACUCUGAUAUGCAUUUACUUGUUUUGGUCACGAGUAAAAAAGAAGUGCGUUCUCACUUGAUUACAGUUAAUGUAAUUCACGUAGGAUAUGACAAAUCUCAUUAUUGUUUUCACUUCUACAUAUCGUUCUACCGUCGUUGAUAAUUUCACGUAAUUGACUAUUGGUUUGGAAGAGUAUUGUAACACAUUGCGAAAGCACUAAUUUAUAAUAAUAUCAAGAAGAGGAAGAAUAAUGGUGUUAAAAGCUCACACCGUCUGAAGACGCUCAUGGCGGUAGCCUAGAAACAGUUCCUUUAGCAUGUCUAGAUACAAAAAUCUACGAAUAUAGAAAUAUACAAUCAUUAAUGAAAUGCUUUUAAAAGUUUAUUUCCCCACGACUCUUUGGUUUGAAUUUCGUGAUAUAAACAGUACAUCACACUUCAAAGUGGAACCGCCUAUCUUGUUGGACCCGAUCACACUGGUCGCGGGAACAAUACCAUUUACCCUGUCCACAUAUUUGUCCCUAUUCAUGUAUCAACAUUUCUUGCACGAUAAUGAAAUAAUUUCACUUAAAUUUGUUCGAUUUUUGUGAUACACGCUCACUUCUAUGAAACUAUAUUUUGUAUCCACAAUCUUCUGUGUUGUAUGUAUCUAAAACGUGUCAAGUUGAAUAUAUCUUUAUUUCGCAGUCACAUCAACUAAGCCGAUUUCACACCGACCGAUUCUCCGUCAGUCGAAAUAACGCGAUUGUUGAGGAUCGAUACUGGGAUUAAUUCCUUUGGUGUGACAGUGAUGUCAAAGAAUUAUAAUGAAUUUCUUUUAUAAUCAGAUCUUAUAAUAUAUUAAAAUGUAUAUUGCGUUGAAUUAUUAAAUUUCGAUCAAUAAAUGUGAAGUUU